UACAUCCUACCGACAACAACGACUCCUUCGUCCUCAUUCCUCAUUGAUAUUAUUCGUCAACAUAUCUACGCUCCAGCUGUACAUAUCCAGUAUUACGAUUGGUUGGGUCCAUUGAAGAAGUACUGUUCGUGUGACUAGAAGUAGCAAGCAAAAGCAACAGGGAAGUUCGUACGGCACGUGUCUGUCGAGUUUUGAUUGCACUCAACUCAUUACAAAACAGCUUUGGACAUAGUAACAGAACAGCAAAAAGCGGAAUCAUGGUGCCGAACAUUCAAACGAAUGCCACGGCAGAAGGAGAAUCUACUUUGGUAACGUCCGCCCUAGAAGGGAAAGAGAACCUUCUAUUACCAAUACCAACUGAUAUCAAAUCGAGCAGCAAUGCCAAGAACAAAUCGAGAAUCAAAAAUCUUUCCAGAACUCCAAGCUGGCGAGAAGCAUCCACAAUAGAACCGCAGUACAAGAUUGGACUGAUCCUCGAUUCGACCAAGAUCAAUGAUCCCCACGUCUCCACCAUAAACAAACCGGCAACCCGUUGUCAAUUGACCUCUAUCGUUGUUCUUCAGCCCGAUACCAACGAAACAACUCCCGACACGAUCAACGAGUCGGUAGGAAAGUGGUUGACAUCAAACAAGGUCACCGAAGGUAUUGAGCAUUUAGAAUUUAUUGGGAUCGGUGAAGAAGGCUGCGAUAAAAUGCUGCGUUCGGAGUCGAUCGAUGCAGUGUAUAUUAUUGCCUUGAGGUAAGAAAACUACAGGUGCUAUUAUUUAUCAAUACGAGUUGGCAACUGAAUCGAAUUGUCAAAAAGACGUUACGAUUUGUAAAAAGUGAUAUAUCAUAGCUGCCUGCAUAGAGAUCAAUCUUAUGCCGCUUUCUCUUUCCUUUAUUGUUCCAACACGAUAGCUCGCAAAAACAAUACGUGUUACAAUCACUAAACGCAAAAAAGCACGUUCUAGCAAAUGACCCUACUUCGGUCAAAUUACCAGAAUUUAUGGAGGAACUUGAAUGCGCAAAGAAAAACGGAAAAUUCAUUCAAACAACAGCAAUGUUCGUUCAUCAAUAUCGAGUGCAACGAUUCAUGAACCAUGUCAUUCAGGAUGACAAAUUUGGACGGAUCACUGAUGUCGAGUCUUCAAUAAAAUUAAAUUACAAUCAAGUGGAGAGAGUCGGCGCGACAUUGCCUCUUCAGCCAGAACACGGAUGUAUUCGAGUCCUCGGCAGAUUUUGUGUUCUGGCUAGUACCAUGUUUUUCAAUAGAGUGGGAAGUUACGCCGAGUCGGCUCAAGUCAAAUCGUGGAAGCAUGGAAGUCAUGGAGAAAUCGUUGCUGCGGACUGUUACGUCAAAUUUACGAACGUACGUUUGAAUCCCAUGAAUAURUUCAAUGUUACGCAGUAACCCUUGGUCGACAACUGUUUGACAGGGCGAAGGCGUCAGUACAAGCAAAACAAACUAAAUUGUCACUCUCUCACAAAUGUUGAACAUUGCCGUUUUUAUUUUACUUUUCUCUUGUGUUCCUGGUGCAAUUCUUGCAACAAUUUCGCUUCCGCAUCGGAUAAUUAGGACCGAAAACUCAAUUUCUAUGUUGCAUACAUAGAAAGUGGGACUAGGCAGUCUAUUGAGCUCAAGGGUACAUCGCGCUAUGCAACUAUGAAUGAUUUUGUCAUCGAACACCCAGACGGGCUCGCAACGUAUCGAGUAUACGACAAAGAACCUCAUCUAGAUGGAGACAGGCAGUCAUUGGAAUCCGACUCCUUCGACGUAGGCAUGGGCUUGGGUCAGGAGAGAGUUUUAUGGAGAACAUUAGUCCGACUCGGAUGCCAGGUCGACAGCAAUGGAGGUUGGGACGACAGCGAGGCGAUCGCCGAGUGUACAGAACUGACCGAUGUCGCGUUGCAAAUGAAGAAAAUUCUAAUUGCGCUCAUGCAAAGCCUGGAGAACGAAGGAAAGGAGAUACAUGUGCAGGGUGUCUGAUCCAACUAGAAAUGACAAACGCAGCGGCAAAGAGCCAUUCAUCGUUGCGCAAAUCCAAUGAAACAGAUUUUCUUUUUCAAGAACGAAAGCCGUUUCAUAGUGGCAGGAUACAGCCAUCGCUUAUCAAAAUAACGAGCUGGACGAUGA